GUGUUAAAGACAGCUGCAGACAAACACAACUUAACACAUUAAUUACUGCGAGGUCCCUGUCUGCAGCUGUCGUCUGCAGUUUGGGGGGCUCACAUGGACUCCCCUUCUUGACUGUUCCAGAAGAGGCGUGAAGCCCUCGGAGGAGCUGGCGUCAUUCUUACCCAGAGAUGAAUAACCGGAAGCGCAGAUCGGUGUUACUGGCGACACUGGCAGCAAAUGAAUAGUUCUCUGCGGUGAUUGUUAUUCUACCUACCUGGGAAAUACACAUUCGAGGAGGAAAAGUUCAUUUUCAUUGUUGAUCAGAGCUGUUGACAUCGUCCACAGAAGAAAGCUCGGGAUCUGCACCGCGUUUAUAGAUCCCUACCUGUCGCGGAUUAUGAUGCUGGACUUUGACCCCUAUGCUCUGGUAGAAGCUUUCUAUUAUAAAUGGAAGGCAAUAAAAGUUGCAGUAUUGGAGAAGCCUCCACCCUAGGGCUUAGAGAAAGCCUUUUCUUGUGCAGGAGGCUAACAGUACAUUCUGAAGGUGCAGGAUGAAAAGAUGGCACAACUGCUUGUACCGCCAGGACCAGACAGCUUCAUCCCGUUUUGUCGCGAGUCUCUCGUCGCUAUCGAGAAGCGGAUCGCCGAGGAGAAUGCCAAGAGGCCCAAGGGGGAGCGGCGCAAUGACGACGACGACGAGAACGGGCCCAAGCCCAACAGCGACCUCGAGGCCGGGAAGUCGCUGCCGUUCAUUUACGGGGACAUUCCUAAAGGCAUGGUCUCCACGCCCUUGGAGGAUCUGGACCCAUUUUACAGCAAUCAGAAAACCUUUAUAGUAUUGAACCGAGGGAAGGCAAUCUUCCGCUUUAACGCCACUCCUGCCUUGUACAUCUUAAGUCCCUUCAACCCUCUUAGGAGAAUAUCAAUUAAAAUUUUGGUACAUGCAUUGUUCAGCAUGCUAAUCAUGUGCACUAUCUUGACCAACUGUGCGUUUAUGACCUUGAGUAACCCUCCAGAAUGGACGAAGAAUGUAGAGUACACAUUCACUGGAAUAUACACUUUCGAAUCUCUUAUAAAAAUUCUUGCAAGGGGCUUCUGUGUAGGGAAGUUUACCUUCCUAAGAGACCCCUGGAACUGGCUGGAUUUCAGUGUUAUUGUCAUGGCAUAUGUGACAGAGUUUGUGGACCUGGGCAAUGUCUCUGCACUGAGAACAUUCAGGGUUCUCCGAGCCUUGAAAACUAUAUCUGUCAUCCCAGGCCUGAAGACCAUUGUGGGUGCCCUGAUCCAGUCGGUGAAGAAACUCUCGGAUGUUAUGAUCCUCACCGUCUUUUGUCUAAGUGUCUUUGCACUAAUAGGGCUGCAACUCUUUAUGGGUAAUUUAAGACAAAAAUGCAUAAGACUGCCAAUUGAAAAUGCCACCUCAGACCAAGGAGAUUUGAACAGGACGUUGGACCUAAAUGUGACCGAUUUCAAUUUAACGAGCACGUUCAACUGGACCGAGUACUCCAACAAUCCCGAGAACCAUUAUUUCUUACCAAAUCGAAGAGAUGCUCUGCUUUGUGGGAAUGGCAGUGAUGCUGGGCAGUGCCCAGAGGGAUACCUUUGCAUCAAAGCAGGCCGUAACCCGGACUACGGAUACACAAGCUUUGAUACGUUUGGCUGGGCCUUCCUGUCUCUCUUCAGACUGAUGACUCAGGACUACUGGGAGAACCUCUACCAACAGACACUGAGGGCUGCUGGGAAACCAUACAUGAUCUUCUUCGUGCUGGUGAUCUUCCUUGGCUCCUUCUACCUGGUCAACCUGAUCCUGGCCGUGGUGGCCAUGGCCUACGACGAGCAAAACCAAGCCACCAUGGAGGAGGCGCAGCAAAAGGAGCAGGAGUUCCAAGCCAUGUUGGAGCAGCUCAAGAGACAGCAAGAGGAGGCGCAGGCCGCGGCGGCAGCAGCGGCGGCGGCCAUCAACGAGAGCGGGGAGUACAGCGGGAGAGCGGGACUGACGGAAACGUCGUCGGAGGGCUCCAAACUGAGCUCCAAGAGCGCCAAAGAGAGACGCAACAGGCGGAAGAAGAGGAAGCAAAGGGAGGAGCAGGAGAGGGGAGAGGGCGAGAAGUUCCGCAAGUCCGAGUCCGAGGACAGCAUCAAGAGGACCAGCUUCCGUUUCUCCAUCGAUGGCAACAGGCUGUCCUACGAGAAGAGAUACUCGUCCCCGCAUCAGUCACUCCUCAGUGUCCGGGGAUCCCUCUUCUCCCCCCGGAGGAACAGCCGCACCAGCCUCUUCAGCUUCCGCGGCCGGGCGAGGGACGUCGGCUCGGAGAACGACUUCGCCGACGACGAGCACAGCACGUUCGAGGACGCCGACAGCCGCCGGGGUUCCCUGUUCGUCCCGCGCCGGUCCGAGCGCCGCAGCAGCAACAUCAGCAUGUCCUCGCACGUGCUCCUGCCGGCCAACGGCAAGAUGCACUGCGCCGUCGACUGCAACGGGGUGGUGUCCCUGGUGGGCGGAGCCUCCGUGCCCACAUCACCUGUCGGACUCCUUCUGCCAGAGGUGACAGUAGAUAAGCCCACUACCGAUGACAAUGGCACAACCACAGAAACAGAGAUCAAAAAGAAGAGGUCGGGCUCCCAGCAGCCUUCCAUGGACUUUUUAGAGGACCCAGUUGCCAGACAACGAGCACUGAGCGUUGCAAGUAUUUUAACAAACACAAUGGAGGAACUUGAAGAAUCAAGACAGAAAUGCCCACCCUGCUGGUACAAGUUCGCAAACACCUUCCUUAUCUGGGACUGUUGCCCCAUGUGGCUGAAGAUUAAAGAAAUUGUCAACCUGAUUGUGAUGGACCCAUUCGUAGACCUGGCCAUCACCAUUUGCAUUGUAUUAAACACCUUGUUCAUGGCUAUGGAGCACUACCCAAUGACACAGCAGUUCAACAGUGUGCUGUCGGUGGGGAAUUUGGUGUUCACAGGGAUUUUCACAGCCGAGAUGUGCUUUAAAAUCAUCGCUCUGGAUCCUUACUAUUAUUUCCAAGAGGGGUGGAAUAUAUUUGACGGGAUCAUCGUCAGCCUAAGCUUAAUGGAGCUGGGUCUUGCCAAUGUGGAAGGGCUGUCUGUCCUUAGGUCAUUCCGAUUGCUGAGGGUGUUCAAACUAGCCAAAUCCUGGCCCACGCUCAACAUGCUCAUCAAGAUCAUCGGCAACUCGGUGGGUGCCCUGGGAAACCUGACUCUGGUGCUGGCCAUCAUCGUCUUCAUCUUCGCCGUGGUGGGCAUGCAGCUGUUCGGGAAGAGCUACCGGGAAUGCGUGUGCAAGAUCGACGAGAACUGCACGCUCCCGCGGUGGCACAUGGUGGACUUCUUCCACUCCUUCCUCAUCGUGUUCCGCGUGCUGUGCGGCGAGUGGAUCGAGACCAUGUGGGACUGCAUGGAGGUGGCGGGCCAGACCAUGUGCCUCAUCGUCUUCAUGCUGGUCAUGGUCAUCGGCAACCUGGUGGUGCUGAAUCUGUUCCUGGCCCUGCUGCUCAGCUCCUUCAGCGCGGACAACCUUGCGGCCACGGACGACGACAGCGAGAUGAACAACCUGCAGGUCGCGGUGGGGCGAAUCCACCGCGGCAUCGACUACAUUAAGGCCACCCUCCGCCGCUUCUUCCUGAGCCUCUGCUCCCAGAGGAAGAAGGUCCUGGACGAGAUCAAGCCCCUGGAGGAGCUCCAUAACCCCAAAGAGAACUGCAUCUCUAACCACACGGGCGUGGAGAUCACCAAAGACCCCGAGUACGGAAACGGCACGGCCAGCGGCCUCAGCAGCAGCGUGGGGAAGUACGUGAUCGACGAGAACGACUACAUGUCCUUCAUCCACAACCCCAGCCUCACCGUCACCGUGCCCAUCGCCGUGGGUGAGUCCGAUUUCGAGAACCUCAACACGGAAGACUUCAGCAGCGAGUCGUCAGACAUCGAAGGCAGCAAAGAGAAGCUGGCCGAUCACCAGAUGAGCUCCUCGGAGGGGAGCACCGUAGACAUCAGGCCCCCGGGAGAGGGAGGGGAGUCGGUGGAGCUGGAGCCCGAGGAGUCCCUAGACCCUGAGGCGUGUUUCACUGAAGGCUGCGUGCGUAAGUUCCAUUGUUGCCAAGUGAGCAUCGAAGAAGGCAAGGGGAAGAUGUGGUGGACCCUCAGGAAGACGUGCUUCAGAAUCGUGGAGCACAACUGGUUUGAGAGCUUCAUCAUAUUCAUGAUCCUGCUGAGCAGCGGGGCUCUGGCUUUUGAAGACAUAUACAUUGAGCAGAGGAAGACCAUUAAGACAGUGCUGGAGUUUGCUGACAAAGUCUUCACCUACAUCUUCAUCUUGGAGAUGCUGUUAAAAUGGGUCGCUUACGGAUUUGUGAAAUACUUCACCAAUGCCUGGUGUUGGUUGGACUUCUUGAUUGUUGAUGUCUCUUUGGUGAGCUUGGUAGCCAACGCCCUCGGUUACUCGGAGCUCACUGCCAUAAAGUCCCUGCGAACCCUGCGCGCACUGAGGCCCUUGCGAGCGCUGUCACGGUUUGAGGGGAUGAGGGUGGUCGUCAACGCUCUCCUCGGGGCCAUUCCUUCCAUCAUGAACGUGCUCCUCGUCUGCCUGAUCUUCUGGCUGAUCUUCAGCAUCAUGGGCGUCAACCUCUUCGCGGGGAAGUACUUCUACUGCGUGAACACCACGACAGAUGAGAAUUUCCCCACACACAUCGUCAACAAUAAGUCCGACUGCUUGGCCCUCAACGAGAGUGCUCGCUGGAAGAAUGUCAAGAUCAACUUUGACAACGUGGGGGCCGGCUACCUUGCUCUCCUGCAAGUGGCAACAUUUAAAGGCUGGAUGGAUAUCAUGUAUGCAGCUGUGGAUUCCCGUGAUCUGGAAGAGCAGCCGGAAUACGAAGUGAACCUCUACAUGUACCUGUACUUCGUCAUCUUCAUCAUCUUUGGCUCCUUCUUUACUCUCAACCUGUUCAUUGGUGUCAUCAUCGACAACUUCAACCAGCAGAAGAAAAAGUUUGGAGGUCAAGAUAUCUUCAUGACCGAGGAACAGAAGAAAUACUACAAUGCAAUGAAGAAGCUUGGAUCAAAGAAACCUCAGAAGCCAAUUCCAAGACCAGUGAACAAGUUCCAGGGGUGUGUCUUUGACUUCAUUACGAAGCAAGCCUUCGACAUCGUCAUUAUGAUCCUCAUUUGCCUCAACAUGGUCACCAUGAUGGUGGAAACGGAUGACCAGACUGAAGAAACGGACAACACACUUCACUGGAUUAACCUGGUCUUCAUUAUCCUCUUCACUGGAGAGUGUGUGCUGAAGAUGAUAUCACUCCGCCAUUAUUAUUUCACCAUCGGCUGGAACAUUUUCGAUUUUGUUGUCGUCAUCCUAUCAAUCGUUGGCAUGUUUCUUUCGGAAGUGAUUGAAAAGUACUUUGUUUCCCCGACCUUAUUUCGAGUCAUCCGACUUGCGAGGAUUGGUCGCAUCCUUCGGCUCAUAAAGGGUGCUAAGGGAAUUCGCACGCUGCUGUUUGCCUUGAUGAUGUCACUUCCUGCCUUGUUCAACAUCGGUCUCCUGCUCUUCCUGGUCAUGUUCAUCUAUGCUAUAUUCGGCAUGUCAAACUUCGCCUACGUCAAGAGGGAAGCCGGCAUCGACGACAUGUUCAACUUUGAGACAUUUGGCAACAGCAUGAUCUGCCUGUUCCAGAUCACCACGUCUGCGGGCUGGGACGGUCUGUUGGCCCCCAUCCUCAACAAAAGAGAACCUGACUGCGACAGUCAGCAGGAGCACCCCGGCAACACGUAUUCGGGUAACUGCGGCAACCCGUCGGUGGGAAUCUGUUUCUUUGUGAGCUACAUCAUCAUCUGCUUCCUGAUCGUCGUCAACAUGUACAUCGCCGUCAUCCUGGAGAACUUCAGCGUGGCCACGGAGGAGAGCGCCGAGCCGCUGAGCGAGGACGAUUUCGAGAUGUUCUACGAGGUGUGGGAGAAGUUCGACCCCGACGCCACGCAGUUCGUGGAGUACAACAAGCUGUCUGACUUCGCCGAUGCCCUGGACCCCCCGCUCCGCAUACCCAAGCCUAACAAGAUCCAGCUGAUCGCCAUGGACCUUCCUAUGGUCAGCGGCGAGAGGAUUCACUGCCUGGACAUCCUGUUUGCCUUCACCAAGCGUGUCCUUGGAGAGGGCGGGGAGAUGGAUGCCCUCCGGGGCCAGAUGGAGGAGCGCUUCAUGGCGUCCAAUCCCUCCAAGGUAUCCUACGAGCCCAUCACCACCACGCUUCGCCGCAAGCAGGAGGACAUGUCCGCCGUGAUCAUACAGAGAGCCUUCAGACGGUAUCUCAUCCGGAGAACUGUUAAAAGGGCCUCCUACAUGUACAGGGAGAAGAUCAAAGCGGGGGUGAACCUACAGGACAAGGAGGUCCUGGUAAUAGACAAAUUCAAUGAGAAUUCCACCUCGGAAAAAACCGACAUGACCCCCUCCACUGCGUCUCCACCCUCGUACGAUAGCGUCACAAAACCUGACAAGGACAAAUACGAAAAAGACAAGAGGGAAAAAGAGGACAAAGGCAAGGAUGUCAGGGAGAACAAGAAGUAGGACAAUGGAAAAGAUGCAACUCAGACAUUCCAUUUACUGGACAAAUUGUUUACAGCCCCCGGAGGUGACAUAUUUGUGUCAGCUGGACUCCGUUUUUGGUGUGGAGAUCUAUGCCAAACUGACAGUGACAGUACUUAAAUCUAAAUUUAAGGUCAGUGCCUAAAAUGAGGCAGUGACCCAUGUCAGACUGUGAACAGAAAUGUUUGGGGGGGGGGAUUUGGACUUAUUCCAGCUGACAACGUGGAUCAAGUCAAAAUGGUGGCUCUGAUUGUGACCAGAUAACUUUUUUGAGUGUUGUUACAAUCUUAAACAAUUAAGUAUACUGUAACAUCUUCUGCAGCUAGUACUACUACUGCUAUAUCCAGUGUCUUGCAUUUCAACUGCCAUAUUAUUUUAUGUUCUUAUUUUUCUUAUAGAAAUUUGUUUUUAUUCAUGUUGUUUUUUAAGCUCAUCAGUUGAUUGUAUGACUAUUUUUGUAAAAGGGUUUUUUUCUGUAACUGGGAGGGGGGUUAGUGAACAGCUUGAAAGGUUAGAGGACCAGAAACUAUCACUGCGGCAACCACAGUGUCCAGGUUUCUGCUGAAAAUUUCUUGAAAACAUUUGCUGUUCAGACUGAAAGCACGCUUGCCCGUCAUACAUAAAUGAUGUCACCAUCACUGGAGCGCGUCUGCUCUGUCCUGUGCAGAGUUUCUGGGCAAGAUAUCUUGGUGGUGCUUACGAAUCAUAUUUUUUGGUGAAUCUGGUGAAUAUGUAUGUGCCUAUUCUUCAUCCCUUUUCAUGCUGGUUUAAGUCAAGAGGGGGUGGCCUGCAAGCGUGCUAACAACUUUAAGUGCAAAUGAUACAAACCUUCAGUUCCAGAACAACCACCAGCCCCCAAUAUCAAUGACCUACUUAACGCCACACGCACAGUCUCAUGGGUCUUCUCUCCUGAGAACAUUGUACAGCACAUAAUGUGGAUGAAGUGCAUUUUUUAUUUUGUUUUGUUUGCUUAUUAUCAAUCAAUUCAUAGACCACAGUAUUCAGUAGCCAUCUCCAGCUCUGGGUAAGGUAUCUCCCCAGGUUGUAUAUAUAGUUGUUUUCUUUUUCGUUUGUUUUUUUUUUGUGUGUUUGUUUUUUACCUGCUGUAUGUUUGAGCAAGCAAAGGCCACAGUAUAGUAGCUUCAGAUAUGUACCACCUGGUCUAGUCUUUAAGCUUUUGCCAGUUGAGAUGCUGUAUUCUAUAUCAUAUGUGCAUCCUGUCCUGCCAUGCAUGUUUCUGUUGCUGUUUUCCCUGCUGCGUCAUGCAAAAAGAAGUGUUCAGAUUCAAAAUGGUGUCUUCUGUGUCACUGCUACAAUCAGCAGAAACCUUACUUGGCAAAGCCUCUAUUUCUCCCUGUCACCAAGCAAUACUUAAUUGCUUCUCCACAGUCAGUCCCGUUCGUUUCCUGCUCUCAACAAAAAAAUGUCCUAUCAUUAUUUUUUUCCACAUAACGAUAUUGUCUUCUGUAAGGACAGAGAGGAGAUCGAAAAUGCAGAAGUCAAUAUCCAGUACAAUGUUUUCCACUCAAGCUACAAGAAGUUUGGUGGUUCUUUUUCUCUCCAUGUUAAAAUGAAUAUUGUAAUAUACUCAUUUUUAUUUUUCAACCAUUGUAAAUAAUAUAAAAUAUGGCCACAUGGUCUGCACCAGAGUCACUUUUGUUACUUAGAAUCCACUGCACUUUUUUCAUUCAAAGACUUCCACUUGAGAACUGAGCAGGAAGUGCAUUACGCUUUUGACUGCUGGAUUGUUUUUUUUUUUGUUUGUUUGUUUUUUUGUUUUUUGUAGACUGGGGUCACAGUAGACUUGCUGUAUGGUAAUAAAUAUCUAAGAGAAUUAAUAUUUAUGAUUCAGAUGAUGCACUGUCUUAAGUGUGGCUAUCAAAGAGGGGCUGUGUAGGAGUCCUCAGUUUCACAUACAUUUGUUUACAAUUUUCUAUUUCAGUUUUUAUUUUUCAAAAUGUUCACUCUGCACAAAUGAUGUAAGGAUCCACUGUUUUUCUUUCACAUGAGCAUUACAAUGAACAGGUUUAUAUAUGUACAUAAAUAUAUGUACAUGUAUGUAUAUAUGUGUGUGUAUUAUAUUUCAUAUAUAGACUGUAUAUGCAUAUAUAGACAUGUGUAAUAUAAUACGCAUACGCACAUAUAUAUGUACAAGCUUCAUUCGAUAGCGGCCAUUUUUAUUAUGCUUGUAGAGUAUUAGUAAACUGCAUGCAAGUUAUUGCAAUUAGCCCAUCUGACAGUAAAUUUCAUUAAAAAGCCAAAAGAAUAAAUGCUACAUGUUUAUUGUACCUCA